AUGGGGCACUGCAAGCUGCAGGACCCAUCAAAGUCCCUGGUUGUCGAGGACUACGUGGGACGCACUACCUUCUAUCUGAGCUGCCUCAACAGAAACGGCGGGGCGAAGAACAUUUGCGACGGCGACCAGUGACGCUAUCCGUUGGCCAGGCGAGUGACCCAGUGCAGGCAGACCGGCAGCUUCAUCCACGUGAGUCAGUGCACCCUGGGAAAUUCAAUGGCGGUUAUCUGCUCCUUCGGCUAUGAUCGAACGGAAGAAGAUGGCCUGCAGUUCUGCGAUGACAACAACAGCUAGGUGGUUUCGAAAAGCUGA